AUGGACUACUCCCAGUUCUUCUCCCCCACCAGCGCCUCGAGGAAACCCUCGGCCAUCCGCCAGCUGCAAAAGUUCAGCAGCAUCCCGGGCAUGAUAUCGCUUGGCGGCGGCAACCCCAAUCCUACCACCUUCCCGUUCUCCAAGAUGAGCGUUACCCUGCGCGGUGGCGAGGUCAUCGACAUCUCCGAGGCGGAUGUCCAGGUUGCCCUUCAGUACAGCGCAACGAACGGCCUGCCCAACCUCGUCCAGUGGCUGCGGGAUCUCCAGCUACUCGAGCAUCGCCCCAAGCUCCAGGACUUUGAUAUUUGCGUCGGAAACGGAAGCCAGGAUGUCCUCACCAAGGCUUUUGAAAUGCUCGCUGCUCCGGGCGACUCGGUCCUGGUCGAGGCCCCUGCCUAUGUCGGCGCCCUCGCUUUCCUCCGCCCGCUGGGCGUCAAGUUUGUCGAGGUCGAAGUGGAUGAGAGUGGCCCUGUCCCCGACAAGCUCGAGCAGACUCUCCAGAACUGGCCUGCUGAUGUCAAGAAACCCAAGUUCUUCUACACGGUUCCGGCCGGUGGCAACCCCACAGGCCUGACCACGACCCUCGAAAGGAAGCACCAGAUCUACGAAAUUGCCAAGAGACACAACUUUAUCAUUCUGGAGGACGAUCCGUACUACUAUCUGCAGUUCAACAAGCAUCGCAUCCCAUCGUACUUCUCGUUUGACUCUGAUGGGCGGGUGCUCCGUUUUGACUCGUUCUCCAAGAUCUUGAGCGCCGGCAUCCGCGUCGGAUGGGUCUCAGGCCCAAAGGCCCUGGUCGAACGCAUCGUCCUGCACGGCCAGGCCUCGUUCCUGCACCCCUCGGGCAUUUCGCAGGCGGUGGUAUCGUCUGUCCUGCACAAAUGGGGGCAUGCUGGCUUCCUCAAUCAUGUGCAAAGCGUGGCCAAGUUCUACGAGGGCAAGCGAGACGCCUUCAUCCAGAGUGCCGACAAGUGGCUGAAAGGAGUUGCGGAAUGGAACGUCCCCACCGCUGGCAUGUUUGUCUGGAUCAAGCUGCUCGGCAUCGACGACUCGUCAUCGCUGAUCCAGGAGAAGGCCAUGGAAAAGAAGGUCGUCCUGGUGCCCGGAUUUGAGUUCUUUGCCAACCCCACAAAGACCCCGUACGUCCGUGCGGCCUAUUCGAUCGCGAGCGAGAGCGACAUUGACACUGCGCUCAUGCGUCUGGGCGAGCUGGUCCGCGAGGCCACGCAGCACAAGUGA